AUGGAAGAGGAGCUCCGGGAGGCCUCGGAGGUCAACGCCGCGGCCCUCGCGGCCGGUGCCGAUGCGCUGCCGCCACCGUUCGUGGAUGGGGCUACCUACCAAGCGUGGGAAGACUGGGCCAUGGCUACGGAGCUCAAUGAGGCCCCGUGCCGAAAGCGGCGGUGGAUGCAAGUUGAAAUAGCGACUGGGAGCCACGAUGCGCCGAGGGUUGCGAGGGUUGUCUCUGUGCCUGUGCCGCCGCCGGGAAUACCUCUGACCAUCACGGCCACGAUCCACGAGGUGAACGCCACAGCAGACGCCCCCUCCACGGUGGGAGCGUCGGAAGCUCCUACGGUCGCGGUCCCCCCGGGGCCACCGGCUACAGCUUUGGACGAGGAGACGGACCCUUUGUUUGGGCUCAGCAUGGAGGAAUAUUUUGAGGUCUAUCGUCUCUGGAGCACGGGGGCACUCACAGGGGAUCAAGUUCAGGCUCGCCACGGGGCUUCGGUUCGCGAGUUGAUCGAGACUCAGUGGAUGGCAGAGGGAGGGGCAUUUGACACGGUGCCCAGCACGGGGUUGGUGGUGCCUGUGAAUGAACAGCCCAUGGAUGGACAUGAGGGACCAGGGUCGAGGGAUGAGAUCACGAAUACGGGAACGAAAGAGGAUGACGAGAACGCCUGA